AUGCGACUGGCGCCGGACGAGUCGCCGGUGCAGGUAUACUGCGACAUGGAGACGGCCGGUGGGGGUUGGACCGUGUUCCAGCGGCGGCAGGACGACCCAGUGCAGAUCGACUUCUUCCGCGACUGGCAGAGCUACCGUGAUGGCUUCGGGAACGUGUCGGGCCAGUUCUGGCUCGGCAACGAGCUGAUCCACCGGCUGACCGCCCGCGAGCCACAGGCGAUGCGCGUUGACCUGGAGGACUUCGAGGGCGAGCGGCGCCAUGCCCAGUACGGCUCCUUCAGCAUCGCCGACGAGGCGGACCAGUACCGACUGCAGCUGUCCGCCUACUCCGGCGACGCUGUGCGGCAGUAA